AAAACAAAGAGCACGUGAGUUUCAUACGAGCGGGAGACGCGCUGUAGAUAGAGAGAGAGGCCACACUCAGAUAACUCCACAGCAGCAGAGCCCCUGUACGAGCUCUUACCACACAGCCCCUCUCACCAGAGAGAGAACUGAGAACACUGAACAUACAGGACUGUCUAUUGUGAGUCUGUCGGUUAUGGAUGAUAUCGAAGCAGAGCUCGGUAUUUCUCGAUCAGUAGGAAAUGAAGACUUUUCAGACUCUUCAGAGGAUGAAAGAGUUGCCAGGAAGAUCAGACCGCCUAUUCUACUGCACUCCUCCACCGCUCAGGCAAGGGCUAAAGAAAGUGGUUUUCACGAAUCUUCAAGACUAUGUCUGAAGGCCAUAAGAGACGCUAUGCUGCACCAUCAUUGGCAAGAGGCAGCACAGUACUUGUCUGCUUACUCUCAGACACUGGAAGAUACCACAGUCAACAAGCAGUCACUAGCCUGUGAGAUUAUUUGGAGACUAGGCACAGAGAUUCUUCAGCAUCAUCCAAACUCUCGAUUGGAAGAUUUUAAUGCUUUGUAUGAACAGAUGAAAAACUCUGGAGUGAAAAAUUAUGCUAAGAUCUGUUUGGAGCACUCUUUUCACCUUCUGUUGAAUGGUCACAUUUACGAUGCUAAACGUCAGUUGUCUGUUGCGGCAAGCUGGAGGUAUGGCAAGCAGUCUGUGCCCCAGUCUCUGGAUUUAAAGCUUAUCCAUGCAUACUGUGGCUUUCUGGAUUAUGUCAUCUGGCAUAUGAAGAAAUCAUCUGUGUCUGAAGCAGAGGAUAAUUCAAGUAACCGAGAAAUGCACAGCUACUUCAGACAGGCCUCAGUGACCUUACAGGAAAUCAUCGCACAACCUGGAGUUUGGGACCCUUUUGUAUUGAGUUAUGUUGAUAUGCUAGAAUUCUACAAUGAUCAGGAGGAAGCCCUAAAAGUACUGCAAAACUACGCUUAUAACAAGGACUACCCAUCAAAUCCCAAUGCUCAUGUCUACCUGUACCAGUUUCUGAAGAGGCAUGAAGCUCCCCCAGCCAAACUUAUCAGUAUUCUGAAGGUGCUGCACCAUUUAGUCCCCAGUCAUGAGCUGAUGCAGGAGUAUUGUUAUCUCCUUGUGAACUCAGUUGUGCCGGGACAUUUAGAAGAGUCGCUUCCUGUUGUGUUUAAUCUCCUCGACUAUCCUAGCUGGAAAAAUGAUCUUGAUACAUGGAACUGUCUGUUGACUGUUAUGACGGUCUUCAAAAGAAAAGGUCUUCAGCAUCUCAUAGCCAACGAAUGGAAGCAAAGAAAAGACUUUUGGCUGACUAUGCAUUAUAGAGCCUAUCACGGCAGGAAGGAUUCUGAGCUAAACAGAGAACUUCUGCUGGUUAAAGCAAAAGUAGCCAAACUUUUGGGUGAACAUGGAAUAUACUACAAUAAAUUCAGUACUGAAGUUUGGGGGCCUUACAAUGUGGAAGAUAAGAAAAGGAAAAUUGUUUGAAUAAGUGUGACUUGUAAUUUAUGCAUUUAAGACAUUUAAAGACGAUUGAUUAAAGGACUGAUAAGAUUCAUGUUGUAAUUUAUGAGCUGGUAUUUUUGGACAUUUCUGUGUUGUGUAUUGUUUACCAGAAUGUGGCCACUAGAGUGUGCUCAUGUUUUAUUUUUUCAUGUUAUGUGAAAAAGGCAGCUCUGUUUUAAAAGAAGAAUGUUUUUUUAUCCACUGUAAAAUUACCAUACUGUACACUACAGCUCAAAAGUUUGUGAUCACAGUGAAAUUUUCUUGUUUUCAAUGGAAACACAUUUAAGAUUAUGAAAUUAAGCAAAUAAACAGGACAUGCAGUCAUUGUCAGAUUAAGAAUUAUUGAUUUAAUGAAAAGGAUGACUGUGUACUUGAACUUUUGCCUUCAUCAAAGAAUCCACCUUUUGCAGCAAUUACAGUCCGGCAGAAUCUAGUCAUUCUAGCUGUCAACUUAAUCUGAUGUGAUUUCACCCCAUGCUUUCUGUAGCAUCUCCCACAACAUAGAUUGGCUUGAUGCAGUCCUCCUCAGUACCAUACGGUCAAGCUGCUCUACAAUAGCUCAGUAAGGUUUAGAUCCGGAGACUGUGCUGCCACUUCAUUACAGUCAGAACUCUGUCUGACUCCUUAUUUGUUAAAUAUUGCCGACACAAUUUGGAGGUGUGUUUGUGGUCAUUAUCCUGUUGAAAUUGGCCCCAAACAAGCGCCGUCUACAGGGUACGGCAUGGCAGGGUACUGUUGCAAAAUCUUGUGGUAGCCUUUCUUUCUUUAAAAUCUCUUCCACUCUGUAUAAAUAUCCUAUUUUAGCACCUCCAAAGCAUCUCCAGACCAUCUUGGGUUCUGCAGCAGGACAAUGAUGCAAAGCACACAAAGUACACCUGUGAAUGGCUUUAAAAUGAAGGUUUUGUAAUGGCUUUGCUGUAAAACGUGAUUUCUAUAUUUACUCAGGUUAUCUUUGUCUGAAAGUUUGUUUGAUAAUCAGAAAAAUAGCAAUGUGCAAAAACAAAAUAAAAACAAAAAGCACCAUGAAUUAAUUUGCACACUUUUUCCUCUACCAUGCCUCCACCAUGCUUGACAGAUGACAUAAAGCAUUGCUUAUUCAUCUUUUCAUUGGUCCUGUGCCUCACAAAUAUUCUUCUGUUUGAUCCUCAAACUUGGACCUGUCCACAACACCUUUAUCCAAUCAUCCAGUGUUCAAUGUCUUUUCUAUUUGGACCAUUGCAGUCUUUUCUUUUUAUUAGCCAGUCUGAUGUAUGGCUUUUCUUGACAAUUCUGCCAUAAAGUCCAACAUCCUAAAGUUAACGCUAACUGAGCGUUGAUUCCGACACUGGUGUUUGACUGGUUUCAUUUAGUGCAGCUCUCAGUUGACAGACUGUGAGGUGUCUUUCUCUCAAACUGCAUGCUCUAAAACAUUUAUCUUCCUGCACAGUUGUGCAUCAGGGCCUCCCACUCCUUUUUCUGUCCUUGUUAGAGCCAGUUUGUGUCACUCUUCGAAGGGAGUAUUUAACAGCACGGUAAGAUAUUUUAACGCAAUAUCUUGCAUUAAGUAGCCUUACUUCCUUAACACAACAAUGGACUGACGGGUCUCUAAAGAAAAUUGUUUCUUUCUGGCAAUGUUUAAGCCUGUAAGCAAGCCAACAACUGCUGUAUCUGAUGCUUCAGAUACUAAAUUAACCUAGAAUGUUGUGCUCCCUUUUAUUUGUGUAAUGUUUUUCAGCUGUUUAUCACAACUGAGCAAUGGUGUCCUAACAAUCAAUUAGCUCAAUAACACCCUUACUUGGAUUGGUGGCCAUACCAGGAUAUUUAGGCAGAGGACUGAGAAUUGUUGAUAAUGGAACUAAAUGCAAAAUAAGCCUCUGUAGAAAAAUAGGCUUUAAUACAAACAUUUCUAUUCCUUAAAAAUCAUCUGAUACAUUUAAAUUAAUUGGGAAAUGGACAAUAUUGUUUGUGAAUGCCAUGAAAAUGGAAAAUGUGUUUUUCUUUCAAAAGGGGGAACAUUUGCAAGUGAUCCUUAACUUUUGAGCAGUAGUGUAUGUUGUUCAGGGUUGAUCUCACAUCAGUUACAUUUAAAAUGUUGUAAAUGACUGACAACUUGUGUUUAAAUGAAAAAGUGUGCAGAUUAA